GGUUCGCCUGUGUGACACAAUUACAACAACUUUAAUCUGGCGGCGGACUGAAGUUUCAUAUUGUUUUAAUAAAUUGAGCAUUUUUAAGUGUGCACGGGCUGCAACUCACGCAUAAAAACUGAGCCACCGCAUCACGCGUUUUAUUCUAAAAAUAAAAUGUGAGAAGACGCGCCACUGGAGGGCUAACUCACUUACGGGGCUUCACAAACCGAACCGCGUUUUUACUGGGAAAAGUUCCGUUAUAUUGUGGCUUUCGGACGCACGGAGAUCGCCUUCACUCGAUUCUAGGGUGCGAUUCCAUGAAAUCGUGCCGAGUGUCGCUCGCUGCUGCUGCUGGUGAUGAGGAGAAGAAAAUGGCGGCGGGAAAAGCGAGUGAACGCGAGGAGGAGGACGCGCCGCGACUGAACGCGCAGGAGAGCGACACUCUGGCCCGCAUCGACAGCUCUCUGUUCGGAGAUCAGCGGCUUCAUGAAGAUGGCGCCAGUUUGAAGGCCCUGCUGAUAAAGGCCGUGCGCUGCUAUGAAUCUGUCAUCCAGAAAUCUGAAGGGAAAGUGGAUCCAGAGUUCUUCUGUCAGCUCGGUCAUUUCAACCUCUUACUAGAGGAAUAUUCUAAAGCAUUAUCGGCGUACCAGCGGUACUACAGUUUACAAUCAGACUACUGGAAGAAUGCGACCUUUCUAUACGGCCUCGGGAUGGUGUACUUCCAUUUCAAUGCAUUUCAAUGGGCAAUCAAGGCGUUUCAGGAGGUGUUGUACAUCGAGCCGGGCUUCUCGCGAGCGAAAGAGAUUCACCUGCGUCUCGGACUGAUGUUUAAAGUCAACACAGACUACGAGUCCAGCUUAAAGCAUUUUCAGCUAGCGCUCAUCGACUCCAACCAAUGCACUUUGUCCAAAGCUGAGAUUCAGUUUCACAUUGCGCAUCUGUAUGAGAUUCAGAAGAGAUACCGUACGGCUAAAGAGGCUUAUGAGAGUCUCUUACAGACUGAGAAUUUACCUGCACAGGUGAAAGCUGCUACAUUUCAACAACUGGGCUGGAUGCAUCAUACAGUGGAGCAGUUGGGUGAUAAAGCGAAUAAAGACAGUUAUGCUAUCCAGUGUCUACAGAAAUCUCUGGAAGCAGAUCCAAACUCCGGCCAAUCCUGGUAUUUCCUUGGCAGGUGCUACUCCAGUAUUGGGAAGGUCCAGGAUGCGUUCAUUUCAUACAGACAGUCCAUUGACAAAUCAGAGGCCAGUGCAGAUACAUGGUGCUCUAUAGGCGUGUUGUAUCAGCAGCAGAAUCAGCCCAUGGAUGCGUUGCAAGCGUACAUCUGCGCUGUGCAGUUGGAUCACAGUCACGCCGCAGCCUGGAUGGAUCUGGGCACGCUUUAUGAGUCCUGCAACCAGCCGCAGGAUGCCAUCAAGUGCUACAUUAAUGCCACGCGCAGCAAAACCUGCACCAACACCGCUGCGCUGGCUGCACGCAUCAAAUACCUGCAGGCUCAGUUCUGUAACCCCCAACACAAUAGUCUACAGAGUAAAAGUAAAAUGCUUCCUAGUAUUGAGGAAGCGUGGAGUCUCCCAAUCCCAGCAGAGCUAACGUCCAGACAGGGCAUCCAGAGCGCAGGCAUGCAGGCGUGUAAGCCUCACCCCGGGUCAUCGGGGGGGUCUCAUGGCUCUGGUCACUCGCUGCCGCCUCAUGAGAAACCGCUGGACCAGGUCAAUGGUCAGUCCAGCCCGGCCAAGAAGAAACGGACCGUCAGCCCUGCAAAGAGUUCAGAGUCGUGGAGCAGCAGUCCAGCACAAACACAAACUCCAAACUGGUACCUGUCACCUCAGAAGCUGCAGUUGUUGGAGCAGUUGCGGGUGAAUCGUGCAGCUCUGAAGCCUGCGCAGCUUCAGAUGUUGGAGCAGUUGGAGGCUCAGCUGUCAGCCAUGAAUCUGCACCAGCAGCAGAUGCGUCUCAGCUCGUCAGGUCAGAUUCGACCCUCUCUCGCCAACGGCCCCUCAGCCGAAUCAUCACUGCCUGCUCACACUGCUCCUCGCAGCCCGGCCCUGAGACUGCCCUGUAAUGCCCCAUCUCUGACCAACGGGCCCUUCCUGCCCAGCCCCGCCUCCCACACUGGCCCCCAGCCCCCCCAUUCGGUCGGCAAUAAUCACACACCAGGAAGCAGAAGUAAUGGAGACGUGCCUUACCUGCAGCCCAACACACUACCUCACAACUGCACAAGCCCAGGAGACGUGUGGAAGAGCCAGCAGCAUCUGAACUCCACUCAGGGGCUUCAGAAGAGUCAGGGGUCUCGGUGGGCGUGUCCUAAUGAAGACCGAUCUCUCUCUUCCAGCGCUUCGGCCGACGGCCCUCACAAUCAGGUUGGACAUUCCGCCACGACCCCCAGAGACCCCUCGGUGCCAGCUGUCAAUCAUUUUUCCUCACCCUCCCCUUCCUCCGCGUCCUCGCCCGCCUCUUCCUCGUCGCACACAGCUACCUCAGGUGCUCCACCCGGCACCGCCCCGACCAAAGAGAGCGCCACCCCGCAGGGCAAUGGCUCCACUGCCACCAACCACCACAGUCCCCACCGCUCGCCCACACUCACGCCCGCCUCGCCCGCCACUCGUUCCGCAGACAAUCCGCAGCUCUCUGCUCUUCAGGGUGGGAAGGAUGGUCUUGCUGCAGCUUCCAGGAUCAAUCAUGUCCACUCAAGCGCCACGUCUUCGCCUGCCUCCGCCCUGUCCACCGCAUCCCCUUCACCGCGCUCCGUAGAGCCCGCGAGCAUCCUUAACAAACCGGGCUCUUCCGCGCCCGGACCGCCGCCCGCAGUCACCAUGAAUGGUAGUGGAGGCGGAGCCUGUUCAGAAGAUUCUCAGAGCCCGCUGAAGGUGGAGCCGCCUGAACUCUUCAUCAAAGAACCUCACAGACCCACCCACUCGUCAUCCACCCUGUCAAUUUACCCCACAUCAGCUGAUGUCCUGAAGGCCUGCAGGAAUCUUGGUAAGAAUGGUCUGUCGAGCAGUAGUAUCCUGCUGAAUAAAUGUCCACCGCCACGUCUUCCUCCGCCCCCUUCACCCCCGCUGCCUAAAGACAAACUCAACCCCCCCACGCCCAGCAUCUAUCUGGAGAAUAAACGAGACGCGUUCUUCCCGCCACUACAUCAGUUCUGCACAAACCCGUCCAAUCCCGUCACUGUCAUACGCGGCCUCGCUGGAGCACUCAAACUAGAUUUGGGCCUGUUCUCUACUAAGACGCUGGUGGAGGCGAAUCCAGAGCACCUGGUGGAGGUGCGGACGCAGCUGUGUCAGCCGGCCGAUGAGAACUGGGACGUGAGCGGCACAAGGAAACAGUGGCGCUGCGAGAGCAGUCGAUCAUACACCACCAUCGCAAAAUACGCGCAGUAUCAGGCCGCAUCCUUCCAGGAGUCACUGCGGGAAGAGAAUGAGAAGAAAGGCCAGAAGGAUCUGUCGGACUCUGAAAUGACAUCAUCAGAUUCUGUCUCCAGGAGGCAGAAGGGUCCUUUCAAACAAAUCAAGUUUGGCACCAACAUCGACGUGUCCGAUGAGAAGAAGUGGAAGCUGCAGCUGCAGGAACUCAGUAAACUGCCUGCGUUUGCACGGGUCGUGUCUGCUGGGAACCUGUUGAGUCACGUGGGUCACAGUAUUCUGGGUAUGAACACCGUUCAGCUCUUCAUGAAGGUGCCGGGCAGCAGAACACCUGGUCAUCAGGAACACAACAACUUCUGCGCAGUCAACAUCAACAUUGGCCCGGGCGACUGCGAGUGGUUUGCUGUGCCAGAACCGUACUGGGGCAUAAUGAGUGAAUUCUGUGAGAAGAACAACAUCAACUUCCUGAAGGGUUCAUGGUGGCCGAAUUUGGAGGAUUUGUACGAGACAAAUGUGCCGGUGUAUCGCUUCAUCCAGAGGCCUGGAGAUCUGGUGUGGUUGAACACAGGAACAGUUCACUGGGUUCAGGCCAUCGGCUGGUGUAACAACAUCUCAUGGAACGUGGGGCCUCUUAAUGCUUAUCAGUACAAACUAGCUGUAGAACGCUACGAGUGGAACAAACUCCAGAGUGUCAAAUCUGUGGUUCCCAUGGUGCAUCUGUCCUGGAACAUGGCGAGGAACAUCAAAGUGUCCGACCACAAGCUGUUUGAGAUGAUCAAGUUCUGUUUACUGCGGACACUCAAACAGUGUCAGAGCAUUAAAGAAGCACUGGUGGCUGCUGGGAAAGAGACGAUUUGGCACCGAAGGAGCCGUGACGAGCCGGCACAUUACUGCACCAUCUGUGAGGUGGAAGUGUUCAACCUUCUGUUCGUCACGAGUGAUAGUUACUCCAGGAAGUCUUGUGUGGUUCACUGUCAGGAUUGCGCUCGGAAGGGCAGCGGUGAUCUCGACGGGUUUGUGGUGUUGGAACAGUUCAAGAUGGAGGAUCUCAUGCACAUUUAUGAGCAGUUCUCAUUGGCGCCUGCACUUCAUUCAUCUUCAUCUUGACAUAAACACACUGUACAUGUGGACAACGUCACAUUACAGGAACUCUAUAAACGGACCAUUUCUGAUAUUCAGGAUCGUCGCAACAGUCUCUCGCAUGGCUGGUCACCAUAGCGACCAGGGACUGCGACUGAAGUGGAUGUGCGUGUCUAUGCAACCUGUUUAUAAACCGCAGUGUGUCGUUGUGGCCUACAGGGGGCGUAGCGGGUGAAAUUCCUCUACAGACGUUUUCUUGAACGGCCCCUCGACGCGCUACACAAAUGAAUCAAACAAACUGGGGAGGAAUUGUGGGGAAAUGAUUUUGUACAUAUGAUCUGUCACAACUGGCAUCGUCACUUCAAGACUACUGACACGAGAGGUUCUUUUGUAUUUUGUUAAUGCUGAAAUCUCUUUGUCUCAAGGGUCGCCUUCACAGGAAGGAGCGCUAGUCUAGCUUUUUGUAUGGUAGAUAGCGAUUUUACGACCACUUUGGAUGGCAAAAUCUACAAAAAACUAUUUGUAAUGUGAAGAAUUAGGUGAUAUAAUUUUCUACUGCUUUUAUGUUUUAUCUGUCUUGUUAUUUUGGAACCAUGUUUGAUAUUUUUGUUUCUUAGGUAAAAAAAGGAAAAAUUGUGGAUUUUUUUUUUUUUACAGCCAAGUCACACACAGAGAAAUGAGUUGCACAUAGAGUAAGAAAUAAAGUUGAAAUUGUGAUCUCUCCCCCCCCCCCCCCCCAUUUGUUUUUGUUUCUAAUCCUGAUGUACAUUUACACUAUUUAUAAAUACAUAUUUAUUGCUUGAAGAUAUUUGUGGAUGGAAUGCUGUUAUUUUUCCCAGAGUACCUGCCAUUAAAUCUGAAGGAGUUUGUUCAUUUAAACUACUCCUGCAUUUUCUAUAUAGAAUUAAACGGCUUAGUAAGCAUUGUACAGAAACUAUUAAAAAAAUUAUGUUUGAAGAAUGUUUUAUGAGUUAUUAAAUAAGCUGUCAACAUAUAUUCAUGCACAUUUUGCUUGUAUUGAAUAUGAUGUGAAACGGUUUUAUUAGCUCUGUCUUAAAUCUUGACAUUAUUGCCUCUGUUUUUUAUUUUAUACAGUGGUAUUUAAAGCAAACACUAAAUUAUAGAUUGCCCUGAAACCUAGUUGUUGUAUUUCUAGUGCUCUAUAUGUUUAAAUGGCCUCCAUAUACUGUUGUUUUUAUGUUCUACAGAGGUAAGUUAUUAACAGUCAUAUCUGGUCAAACAUCAGUGACGUUUGUUUACAGCCAUGAGGUCACUCUUGAUCUGCCUUUGAAACCCUUAAAAAGGUUAAAGUUCAUUGCCGUCUCAUCAUGUCUCACACUUACAAACAUUUACACACCUACAAAGUAACUACAUGUUUACUUCACUAAACGCUUUGAUGUUCAUCGUGUCGGCUAGUUAAAUAAAUGAUCUUAGAAUAUUUAUCCGGCACCCUUUAACAGUUUUAUUUACUGAGCUUCCCUUACUAAAUUGUUCAACAGUAAUCAUGUUUUCUGAUAAAAUAUAAUGGUUUCCUGUUACUGGAGCCACUGUCAUAAAGUAAAAUAAGUCUUGCACUGUUGAAACAAGAUCCCAAUUUUAUUUUAAGAGUUACUGUAUUUGGUGGAAAGAAAUGGUUACCAUUGUAAAUGUUUGUAAGGAGAUGAGCGAGUAAUGUGUUCAUACGUGAUGAGUUUCUGCAGGUCAUUUAAAGGUCAGUCUGCUGAAGGCCUGAUGCUCGUGUGAUUGUGUAGAUAACCGUUAGUUUCACUGUGACCGUGUGCUCGCUGAUGUCACCAGUUGUGCAUGUGGGCUCAAAACUUAAGGUGCAGUUUCUCUUGUUUGUUGUGAAUGAUUCUGUACAACUCAUGUUCAUGUACAUUGGACAGACAGUGAAACUGUUCAUCUUAUCCAGUGAUCACAUCAGGACUUAUUGAAAGAUUUUAUUUAUUCAAGGCAAGGCUUUAUUGCAGUAAAACUCAGUCAACAUGAAAUGGCAUUCGCAGCACAUUUUAUUUUUGUAAUAAGAGGGCUUGAUGACGUCAGGUGAUCUUUAAUAAAAUAUUAGAAACUUUUCUUCUUUGGAAUAACAUGUACUGAUGAAUCAUUCACAAUAAAACCAGGAACAUGUAUUAAGGAAAUGAGUGAUUUCAUGAAUUCAUGUUGACUUUAAUGCACCUCAUGACUAAAGGUCUGUGAUUAUGACGUGGAGUUGAAACCCAGCAGACAAUGUAGCUGUAAUUAGACAAACACAGAUCUCUACACUGUGUGCCAGGUUCAAAACCACAUCACUUGUGUUUUCCUGAUGCUUUUUCUCCUUGUGUAGUUCUUGUGGCAGACGUCCAUCAGAGACCCAGUAGCCAGAUGUAGCUGCUGAUGUGAACAGGACCUACACUGACUACUGAGCACAUGAGGAGCGUCUUCAACACGUGUGUGGUGCGUCACAGGAGCUGCAGCCUAAACAACAGGUAGAUAAAAGAGUUAAAGUUAUCUUUGCCUAAAUCAGUCCUUCUGAACUGCUCACAGACAGCAGGAAAAUAAUAAAAUGUAUAGUUAGAAGAGCAAAAUAAAUACAUUAACAAUGUUUAAUACUGAGGAGAGAACAUAUCUGAUUCCCAUAUCUGUUAUUGAUGACCAGUGUUGAGUAAGUUACUUAAAGUAAUCCAUUACAAAUGAAUAAUUCUCUAAAAUUGUAAUUUGAUGACUUCAAAGUAGUUAGUAAUGUGAUUAUUUUCCAAAUAAAGUUACUUUCUAAAACACUACACUUCACUUCAAAAUAAUGUCUAUAUAUUUCUCUGUUCACUGACUCGAUAUGGAGCGCACAUGCUGUCACAGGGAAAUACUGAAGUCUUGCAACAGUUUAUUUUGAGUCCCACAGAAACCUUAACCCCAACCCCAAUACCUAACAAAGUUCUUUCAGCCAAUAGAAUUGCUUUGUGAUCCAAGGGGGUGUUACCUGAAGUGGGCGUGUCGUGUAGGACGCAGACAGUACUUUUGAAACUGCUGCUGUCUUAAAGAGCCAGUACUGCUUUAGCUCUUGUUUUACAUAGUAAUGUAAAUACUGGUAAAUAGAAAUUACUUUGCAUGUAAACAAUAAACAUAAUGUACACUGCCUGGCACAUUCAUCGUGGCAUUGUUUCGACAACCUUAUGCAGUGUCACAACAUUUAUUUCCAUCCAGAGUUGCAUUAAUUUUAGGCCGAGAUCUUGUAUUGAUGACGGGAGAGUCGAACCACUCUGUAAAGUCUUCUCCAGCACAUCCCAAAGACUUUCAAUGGGGUUAAGGUCAGGACACUGUGGUGGCCAAUUCAACACCACUCUUUCACAAUUUGAGCCCGAUGAAUCUUGGCAUUGUUGUCCUGGAAUAUGCCCAUGCUGUUAAGGAAGAAAUAAUCUAUUGAUGGGAUAACCUGGUCAUUCAGUACAUUUCAUUGCUGAGUCUCGACCUGACCAAUUGAAGCAACCCCAGAUCAUAACACUGCCUCCAGAGGCUUGUACAGUGGGCACUAUGCAUGACAGGUGCAUUCAUGCGCUUCCCUUUUUACCCUGAUGCGCCCAUCGCUUUGGAAUAGGGUAAAUCUGGACUCAUCAGACCACAGGACCUUUUUCCAUUGCUCCACAGUCCAAUCUUUAUGCUCUCUAGCACACUGAAGUCAUUUUAUCCAAUUAGCCUCACUAACCCAAGUGGCUUUCUUGUGGCCACACAGAUGUUUAGUGCCAAUCCUGUAAGUUCUCGUCACAUUGUGCGUGUGGACAUGCUCUUACUUUCACUAUUAAACAUAACCGUGAGUUCUACUGUCGAUUUUUUACCAUGUGACUUCAAGCGUUUUAGUGAUUUCCGAUUACAAUCAUUCAAGUUUUUUUCCAAUCACAUUCCUUCCGUGAAGCUGACGGUUCACCAUUAUCCUUCCAGGUUUUCAAACAAGCCCCUUUCAGCAAUCUCCUUAGUUGUUUUCUUUGCUUGAUGCAGGACAAUAAUUUGCCCCUUCUGAAACACAGUAACAUCUUUUCCACGACCACGGGAUACGUCUUCCGACAUGGUUGUUUAAGAGAUGAGAAGCUACACACUGCAUCAGUUAAAACUAAAGAAUUGUUGCCAGCUGAAACAUAUGAAUCACUGCAAUAAUGAUCCAAUCAUAGGCUCUUAAGUAUCUGCUUAAUUAAAUCCAAACAGCGACUUUUUGGGGGGCCAGGCAGUGUAGAAAUGCACAAUAUAAUAUAUGCAAUUUCAAGACAUCAUAUUUAUUGAUGGAAUACAUAGAAUUUGUAAAUUUUUAAAAAGUUAAAAUGAAACAAAUGGUAAACUAAUAAUAAAAUAAAAUGUGUAAAAUGUAUAUUUUGUAAUGUACCAUGUUAGAAGGUCCCCUGUAUAAUUAACAGCAUUCAACAUUAUAACUGAAAUUUAUCCAAAUGAAUUCAGAAUUGAAUCAGAAUCUGAUUGAAUCAGGAAAUCUGUCUUAAUACCAGCCCUAAUGUGUACUGAUAAAGGGAUGUCAGUAGAUCAGACUAAUACUGAUUGAUCAAUAAUUAUUAACAAUGAUUGUUUAUUUAGAUAAAGGGGUACUUGAGCCUUACUGAUAUUACUGUGGGGUACUUAUGGCAAAAAGAUUAGGAAACACUAAAUAAUAAUAUAUCAAUAAUUAAUAAUAUUAUUUUAGAAAUAUGUGAAACCCAAGUCAUGUCCUUAAAAGUAAUUAACUUAAUUGUCAGUAAUUAGAUUACAGUAACUAUUUAAACGCUACAGUAUUUUAGCACAAAUUAAUUUGGCAGAAGCUCAUCAGAUUAGAUGGAUGUCUAUUGGACCGGUUGUGUGACAUGCCCUCAGACACCGUAAACAAAACUACUCAUAGUAAAACAAACAUAAAAUAUGCACAUGUUGACUUGCGAUGAUAAAAAUGGUUUGUGUCAACAACAAUGUGUUUUGUGUAAUGAAUUACUUUUAUAUGAUUAAUUAUUUUGUAACCGUGUUGCGUCGCCACUUGAUGUUUAAUGUAAAAUCUGAGUCCUGAUGUUAAACCAGUAGAGAAGCACAAAUAUAAAUGACACAACUGAUAAAACCAUCAUUCAUUCAUUCAUGGAGUCCAAACACAAUCGACUGAUGUUCACUCAAUGAAUCAAUGAGUGCUGAUGGACAUCAUGUAUUCUGCAGUGCAACAGGUGCAUUAAAUCCACUGAUUGUAUAAUAAAUAGCAGCAGGUGCGAGUGCGAGUGUGUGUGCCUGAGUGCGAGUGUGUGUGCGUGAGUGCGUGUGUGUGUGUGUGUGUGUGAGAG